AUGGCUAUAGAGAGAGUUGAAACAAGAAUACCAUAAUGUUAAGGAUGGAAUCAAAUUUUGAUAUUUCGAGAAUUUCAAUAAUAAUAACGAUAUAUAAAUUAAUUUUAAUAAAAGUAUGGAAAUACUGACAAAUAGGGUGAAUUUAAAGAAGCAUUAUUAGAAUAUUAAAAAUUUGAUAUUAUUUUAAAGUAAAUGGUAUCAAAAGAAAAUUAAAUGUUUAUUGAAUCUAUAAAUAAUGAAAUUCCAUAAUUUAACAAUUAAAUAACAUUCGAUCUUUCAGAAUUUUUGAAUAAAUACCAUUUAAAAUCAUAAUUAGAUUUUCAUAAUUUAUUAAUAAAAGAUCCAAAAGGAUAAGAGUUAUAAUAAUAUAUGAGAGAUUAUUCUCAAAGAUUAUCGGAAUAUUUAUAUUUUCUUUUUAUUUAAGAAUAAGAUCCUAAUUUAAAAUUAUUAUUAAAUUAUAUUUUAAUUAAUUAAACUCAAAAUAAUGAAAAGAUCCUUGAUAUGUUAAAUAAAUAUAUUAAAUCAUUAAUUAAUGAAGAAAAAUAAAAUGUUAUUCAUUAUUUAAAUUUAAUUAUAUCUGUUUUUUAUGAAUUGUCAGAUUACUUUAACAUUAUUAUAAAAGCUAUAAAUGAUUAAUAUUAAUUGGAUGGUAAAUUGUAAUUGAAUCAAAAAUAAUUUUAAAUUAUUUUAUUAAUUUUAGAUGUUUCCGAUGAUAAAACCAUAGAUUAGUAUUUGUAUUUAAGUUAAACAAGUUGUAAUAUUUUAAGAUAUAUAUCAUGGAUUUAUAAGGAUGAUUGUUCAUAAUAGUUUUUAAUAAGUUAAGAAAAAUAUUUAACUAAGCUUUUGUAAAAAGAUCUUGAUUAGAGGAUGAUAUAUGAUUUAAGUUAAGUUGUAGAAACUCUUUAAUCAGUAAAAUUAAGAUUAUUUAUUGAGAGAAUUAUAGAUUUUCAUUAAAAAAAGGAGAAGGAUAUAGGUUUAGACUUUUUAGAAUUUAAGAUAUUUUUGCCUCAAGAUUAAGAAAAACUUAAUAGACAUAUACAAUCUUUUGCUCCUAUAGAAAAUCAAUAAUUUUUUCAAAUACAAUAAUAAUAAUAAUAAUAAUAAUAAUAAUAAUAAUAAUAAUAAUAAUAAUAAUAAUUAAAACCAAUAAAUAGAUUAGCAACUUAGAUAAAAGUUUCAAAAUUUAUUUAUUCAUUUUUAAAUAUCUUAUCUUUUGCUGGGUAUAUAGAUUAAAAAAAGAUGGAUUCUAAUUAGUAUAUAUAAUAAUUUAUUUUAAUUAUAGAGAGUUUUCAGAUAUAAUUUCAGUUGAAGUUGAAAAUUUGGGUACUUAAUUUGAUCCUAAUUUAUUUGCUACAAGUUAGAAAAUUAGAUAAUCUUUAAUUUACUUUUUAUAACUAUAAAAAUUAGAAAUGAGUACAUUUAAAGAAUUAUGGAAUUUAUCAGAAUAACUCAGACUUUAUUUGGAAAAGGCAGAAUAAUUCAUUAAAAUAAAUACUCUAGGUAAAUUAUAUUUCCCUAGUAUGAAUUAAAUUCUUUCUACUUAUAGAUGUCAAUCAGAUGAGUCUUAUGAAUUUAAAAUAAAAAAAAACGAAAUACUUAAGUUUUUAUUUAAGUCUAUUAUUGAUAUUUAAUAUAAUGAUUUUUAUUAGAUGAUGAAUUUAAUAGAAUAAUAUAGCAGCACAAAUUAAUAGAAUUUUUUAUAAAAAGUGAAGUAAUAUUAUAAGAGGGACUUCUAAAAGCAUUUAGUUGAAUUAAAAGCAUUAGGAUCUGAAAAAGUCAAAACAGCAAUAGAGAAUAUAUUUUUAAACUUAAAUGGAUGA